AUGGACUCUCCGCUUGGACUCGCCAAGUUCCUGUUCCCACAGGUCCCUUCACUGGCAAACACGGCAGUAUGGCAUUCCCUGGGCAUGACCGAGACGUCCUCGAAAUGGGAUUUACGAACGACCCUUACCGUCCAGGUAUUACGGACAAUGAUGUCAGGCGGAGGCAAAAAGCCUACGACGACCAUCGGCAAGGUGCAAGCUGGGACAUUGAAGGAUCCAGGAAUCAAGGGCAAGAUUUGGGUGGCCAAGUCCACGAUCAAGGCGCCGAAGCCAGAUGAGGAGGGCGUUAGGAAUGCGAUCUUCAAGGCGAUCGAUGAUAUGAAGGAAGGUGAGGUCAACUACACCAAACCAGACCUGGUGGACACUGAGGUGGAAUGGACGGGCUAUCGACCAAAUGCUGGCAAGGAGGAAGCCUUGCCUGAUGUCAGUGAAGAGGAGAAGUAUAAGCGACUCCUAGCGGAACCCUCACGAACCAGCGAAACGACCAUACUACUAGCUAAGGAGACCCAUGGACGUGUAUGCAGCGUGCGGUACCGACUAGCACCACAAGCAGCUUUCCCAUCACAAUUACUGGACGCAUUUAUGAUGUACCUAUCUCUGCUCUAUCCACCACCAGGCUCGCUACACGAGGCAAUACCAGCAAAGAACAUCCUUAUAGCUGGAGACAGUGCAGGCGGGAAUCUUGCCUUCGCCCUUCUCCAACUUCUGCUACAACUACAUCGGACCAGCGACCAACCUAAAGUGCAGUUCCAUGAGAAGGAUGUAGAUGUCCCACUACCAGCUGGAACAUGCGCAAACUCCGGCUGGUUCGACAUAAGCCGCGCCAUGCCAUCGAUCACAAACAAUGCCAAGUACGACUAUUUACCGUCUGCGAAUCACGACGAUUCUGUGUCUCGCUUCCCAAAAGACAAUGUUUGGCCCACGAACCCUCCACGAGGUGACCUCUUCUGCGAUCUGAGUCUACUGGAUCACCCAUUGGCCUCUCCACUGGCUUCCGAGAGCUGGGAGAAGUCGCCUCCGCUGUGGAUGUGUACUGGCACAGAAUUAUUGACGGAUGAAGAUAAGGUCGUCGCAGCUCGUGCAGCAUCGCAGGGCGUGAAAGUGCAGUAUGAGGAGUACGAAGCCAUGCCGCAUUGCUUUGCUAUGCUCAUACCUUCUUUGGCAACAGCGGAAAGAUGUAUGAAGAGUUGGGGCGACUUUGCACGUAGAUGUGUUGAGGAACCGGAGAGUGUGAAGACUAAUGGGACCUUUAUCGAAGCGAAGUCUGGCAAGGAGAGUGAGGUGGAUGUGAGCAAAGUCACGGAGUUGAGUGUUGCACAAGCUAGGCAGUACAUGAAGGAAGCUAAGGAUAGGAGACUCCAAGGCUACGAGAAGGAGGGCAAGACUAUGCCGAAGCCAGCAUUGUAA